GUCCUCUUUACAUUGUUAGCAAACUGGAGGUUAUGUUUACAAAAAAUAUUAUCAACAAAAUGAUAUACUUCUAUGUACCGUCUACGUUCCGGAUUAAUUUGGUUCCAUGUUAUGACGACAGACGACCCUCGGGGUCAUGUAUCAGCUCAUUCGAUCAAUGAAUACGAAGAACGGAGCCGCAACAUGCUACACCAGCUAAUUUCACGGUCGUAUUGUAGUGCUGUUUUUUGCCACAAUUAGCUAAUUACAUAGCUAGACGGUGAGGUGAACUGAGAUAGAGCUCGCCAAUCGAGCGAAAUAGUAGGUGUUCGACAGGCUGAUGAAUAGCAUCGGUCUGUGCCGUAGUUAUUUACUUAAUAGAAUAACAGUGAGGAUGUGUUCCUAUUACGAAGAUGCAGUUCGUAAAUUAAACAGAUUGCAAUCAAACAAAUCUACAAUAGAACAAAUCAGAAAGGAUAUCAGAACAGGACAGAAAUGUACAAAUUUAGAAGAUAUGGAGAAUUAUUUGUCAAGAACAGGUGUGACCAUGUCAAAGUUGGACGAGCUAUCUGUGGUUCAUGUUGCUGGAACCAAAGGCAAGGGUUCAACGAGUGCGAUGUGCGAAUCAAUACUCCGUCACCACGGUUUCCGCACAGGGUUCUAUUCGUCACCGCAUCUAGUGGCUGUUCGAGAACGGGUACGCUUAGACGGACGGGUCAUCUCCGAAGAUAUGUUCGCGAAGUAUUUUCACGAUGUUCACCAGCGACUUGAAGAUACACAGAAAUUUGAAGGUGACAUGCCGAAAUACUUCGCGUUUUUGACUGUGAUGGCUUACAAUAUAUUCCUCAAGGAGAAGGUGGAUGUGGCCAUCGUGGAAGUCGGUAUAGGCGGCUUAGUCGACUAUACAAAUAUUUUGAGGAAAGUUCCCGUUGUCGGCAUAACGGCAUUAGGAUUGGAUCACACUUCGAUAUUAGGGAACACGUUACAGGAAAUAGCGGCGUCCAAAGCGGGCAUCAUGAAGCGAGGCUGCGAAGCUUAUACUGUGCAACAACCUAACGAAGCUAUGGAUGUACUCAUACAAUAUGCUGAUAGUUUAAAGUGUCCCCUAACUGUCGUUCCCGAUUACGACUUGUAUUCGUUCGAAACAUCACAAAAAGCCCGUUUACCAGUCGAAUUAACGGCAUAUCGGACCAACGCGUCUCUGGCAAUACAACUGGCGCACGCUUGGAUGCGAAAAAAACACGAAAACAAAAAAAACUCCAUGAACGGAGUUCACAACGGACUGAUCACCAGUAAAAUGGUGGUGGAAUUGCCGCCAUCGACGUGCCAGGGUUUAGGGAAAUGUCAAUGGCCGGGGAGGUAUCAAGUAAUUAACGCGGACUAUGCAAAGUUUUAUCUCGACGGAGCACACACCAAGGAGUCUAUGGAGAUAUGCGCACAGUGGUUCAGCGAUAAUAAUAGGUCACCGAACAGAAUAUUGUUGUUCAGCGCGACGGGCGACAGGAAUGCCGAAGUUCUGUUACAACCAUUGAAAUGCUUGAAUUUCACCAAAGUAUAUUUCGUCACUCCGACAGCUUAUAAGGAAACGAAUCAGAACAACGACAAUUACUCUUUAGUCGAACAAGAAGAAUUAAUUUCUAGGUGUAAAGCAUACAAACAAAUUUGGAACAAAACAUUGCGCAGUACAUCUGAGGUGGCAGUGAUGGAAUGUGUUUCAAGCGCACUUGUCAAUAUAAAGCAGACGCAGGGCGCUCUUGGAACUCCCUCGGUUCUUAUAACAGGAUCGUUACAUCUAGUGGGAGCAGCUCUUUCCAUAUUAGAUCCUUGUUUAAAUAAAUCGUAUUGCUCGUAAGAUUAUGUUCAA